AUGAGUGAUUGUGUUCAGUCAAAACGAAAAAAGGUCGCGCGGGCCUGCGUUUACUGCCGGCGAUCCCAUAUGAUCUGCGAUGAGCACCGACCGUGUACACGAUGCAUACGGAGAAACAUCGCACAUCUGUGCUGCGAUGAACUGCCCCGGGGAGUAGCUGAGGAAGACCCGGAUCUCGAAAAAAUGAGCACUCGAGAGCCGAAUAUGAGUGCCAACAAUCCCGUGGGCACCGUUGGUGGGAUCUUGGCUAGACAGCCCAUGUUUGCGUCCGAACAUGUAGGAUCCGAGUUCUCAUCGCUCAGUGAAUUUCUUCACAUGCUUGAAAAUCCGUUGUUUCUUGAAACGGAUCCGUCAAGCGUGGUAUUGCAGGUACAACAACCGUCAAGGGAGCCUGUGCAAGAGCAGUCACCAUACCAACCCACCUUAAAAGAGAACUUUCUGUUCACUGCAGCAGAUCCCUCUCAGGAAAUGACACCGGAGGAUAGACUCAAAUCGGUGAUCAAUGCCAAAUUAGAAGCUGGACUCCUUAAACCAUAUAAUUAUGCCCGAGGUUAUGCUCGUUUGCAAACGUAUAUGGACGAGCAUAUGAACCCCGAUUGCAAACAACGUAUUUUAAAGCCCCUGUCCAUCAUCAGGCCUGAGUUCAGGGCCAUUGCACGGUCUUUAAAAGACGUAGACCUCAUUUUGGUCGAGGAAAGCUUCGAGCGAAUGUUGCUUUCGUACGAUCGCGUUUUCACUUCGAUGAGCAUGCCUGCGUGCUUGUGGAGGAGAACUGGCGAGAUAUAUCGUGGUAACAAGGAGUUUGCGUCACUGGUUGGCUGCAAAGUAGACGACUUGCGUGAUGGAAAGCUGGCAAUCUACGAAGUGAUGACAGAAGACAGCACUGUUAGCUUUUGGGAGAAGUACGGAUCCAUAGCUUUCGAUAAAAAUCAAAAGGCUGUCUUGACGCAUUGCAAGCUAUGCAAUCCCGGCAAAUCUGAUCUUACGCCGUGCUGUUUUAGUUUCACGAUCCGAAGAGAUCGCUACAACAUACCUGUGUGUAUUAUCGGCAAUUUUAUACCACUGUGA